AUGUCUCACAAUAAUUAUUCCAUUCAUUCCAUCAUUGCCGCAUAUGGCCUUGGCAUCGCCCCGCACGGCUACUAUCUGGUGAAGAUGAUGGCCAACGCUAAGGGCCAAUCGAGCAAUAUGCUGCCACGCGAAAAUUUGUCCAUUCUGAAAGGUCGCAUCCCGGCUCAGGUGUGGGAUAAACUCGCCCGAGCUCGUGGUUCGCAUCUAAAUGCCCUUGAAGGGAUUCCAAUGUUUGCUGCUGCUAUGCUUGCUGGAAAUUUAGCCAAGUUGCCCGCUAAAGAUCUGAAUUCGCUCGCGCUCGAAUAUCUAGGCGUGCGUCUGCUGUAUACAGCGGUAUAUAUGGGGGUCCGCUCGGAGGCUGCCAGCUACUUGCGCACGGGUGUUUGGGCGUGGAGUAUCUCCAUUCCCAUCUGGGCACUGUACAAAGCGGGAAAAACGCUCAAUGCCGAGUAG